CCUCUUAACAUUUGUCAUUCAUCUUCCUUGCAGAUUUUUAGCCACUGUAAGAGCUACAGACUGAAAACUCAAAAUGAUGCUUCUGGUGGCAAUAGGAGUACUAUCUCUUCACCUCUUGUUCUCUGUGUCUUACUCAAGCCCACCGGAAAACCCUGUUAGCUGUGGUUUCAGAGGAAGAAACUGCACGGUUCUCAACUCGUACGGCGCAUUCUCCGAUCGAGCCAUCUGUAGAGCAUCUGUCGUGGCAUACCCGACCACGGAGAAUGAUCUCCUACAAGUCGUUGCUGAAGGAACUCGCGCGAGACAGAAGAUGCGCGUGGUUACACGCUUUUCUCACAGCACAACCAAGUUGGCCUGUGUCGAUGGAAAGGAUGGUAGACUUAUCAGCGCCGAGCUUCUCAACAAGACGUUGAGUGUUGAUAGAGAUGCGAUGACGAUCACGGUUCAGAGUGGCGUGUCACUUCGCCAACUCAUAGGUGAUGCUGCAAAAGUUGGACUGGCGUUGAGAAUGGCACCACACUGGUGGGGGCUAACAGUAGGUGGGAUGAUGUCUACCGGAGCCCACGGUAGUUCUUGGGAUGGGGAGCGUGGGGGCACUGCUUUUCACGACUACGUCAUCGAGAUGCGAAUGGUAACCUCUGCUCCUCCUGAUCAAGGAUACUCCAUGAUUAGAACACUCAACCGCAGCAACUUCAGUGAGUUGGACGCUGCUAGAGUUUCUCUGGGCGUAUUUGGUGUCAUAUCUCAGGUGACGGUUCAGUUGGAGUUAAUGUUCAAAAGAUCAAUCACCUAUAUGAACAUUAAGGAUAGCGAUCUUGUAGAGAUGGUUGAGAAGCACGGAGAUAGGUACGAGUUUCCUGACAUAAUGUGGUACCCCAGCCAAGGAGAAGUCGUUUACCGUAUGGAUGAACGGGUUUCAAUGAACAUCUCCGGCAGUGGCUCAUAUGAUUCUGUAUUGUUCGAAGCCAAAGACUCAAAAAUCCUGGCAUUCCAAAGAUCAAAAGAAGAAGAGCUAGAAUUUGAAAGGAAUUCAGAGGAGAUUUGCACAUUGGCGCGUGAUGUUCCAGCUCUUUUAUAUACUCUGUUAUACGGUUUGUCGAAUGAUGGUAUGAAGUAUUCUGGCUAUCCAGAUCUGAUGUCAUCAGGAGGUUGUCUGGAUAGCAAAGAAGAUGGGUUGGCCACGGCUUGUCCCUGGGACUCCCGCAUACACGGUCAAUUCUUUCAUCAGACCACGUUCACCAUCCCUAUAGAGAGCGUUAAGGAGUUUAUCAGCGACAUCAAGACUCUAGUCAAGAUCGAACCGAAGGCUUUAUGUGGACUCAAUUUCUACAAUGGUGUGUUGAUCCGGUAUGUACAACCAUCAUUUGCAUACUUGGGCAUCGAAUUCGAGGGUAUGGAGUUCGAGUUUACAUAUUACAGAAGCAGAGACCCGUUGAUGCCUCGUAUGUAUGAAGAUUUUUUCGAGGAUAUCGAGCAGAUAGGUUUGUUCAAGUAUGGGGGCCUGCCACAUUGGGGUAAGAACAGAAAUGUUGCCUUUAUCAACGCCACUGAGAAGUACAAGGAUGCAGCUUUAUUCUUGAAGAUGAAGCAGAUGUUCGACCCACUACACCUAUUUUCGAGCAAAUGGACAGACGCAGUAUUGGGUUUGGGAGGCGACCUUACCGUAGAUACGGAAGGCUGUGCACUGGAGGGGUUGUGCAUCUGUUCGAAAGAUGUGCACUGUUCCCCUAGCAGAGGUUACUUCUGUCGAGCUGGGAAGAUCUACAAGGCAGCGCGCGUUUGUACCCACGUAUGAAUGUUUAUCUCUGUUUCAGUGUCUUAUCUAUUUUUUACUUAGAACUUAUAAGAACUUAUGUAUAGACGCUCUUUUCGUUAGUUUAUUUAUAUGACGAUGGCCUCAGUUACUUGUUUGCAAUA